AUGGACCAGCCGCCUCUCUCACCUCCGGCAGAGCCCGAACCAAUCUCAACAGCAAACCUCCCCUCAAACGCACCAGUCCCGCUCGACUCCCCCCUCCGCACAAACCCCAUUCAUCCAUCCCUCCCCGAUAUCCGCGUCCCAAGCUCGCCCCUAAAACCACACCAGUACGACCCAGUCACCUGCACACCCAUCGAUCUGGAAUCUGACUCUGUCCGGACUCAACUUGACCACCUCCGAGCGGAAUACACAUCCCCUAGCGCUGCGCUGAAAGCGCAGGAGCAAGUAGCCAAGGAAGCAAAGCGGAAGAUCGAGGAGGCGGAGAAGAAGCGCGAGGAGGUGCAAAAGGCCAUGGAUAAGAAGGUCAAGGAGCGGGAUACGGAGAUGAAGGUGCUAUCCAAGUAUCAGAAGAAACUGGUGGCAGUCACAACUAUAUGCGCUGCAAUUGGCUUCGAAGGCGCCAAAACUGCCAGACAGGGCCUACGGACAACUGCCCGGAACUUGAAGCGCGGCCUCAUGGGCAAAUAG